AUUUUCAGUAUGUAUAAAGUAGAAAUUAAUUAUUAUAUAAAUUUUUAAUUAUAUACCUAAGAAACGAAUACACAAGGAACUAUAAAAAAUAUACAAAGUUUAAUUAUAAAUAUUAACAUAUAACAACACCAGCCAGAUAAGUGCAACGGACGGACGACGCAAAGUGGGCGGCCGUGCUACACGUGUUUUACUAAAUUCUAAUGCAGUUGUUAUGAAAAAAGAAAAUAAAAUAUUUUAAAAUUUAAUUAAUGUACUGUUUAGUCUUGGAUAUUGCUGACAACAAAAUAUGAAUUGAUGCUGCAAUCCUUAAUUAGCAUGUGCACACAGAUGCUCGUAUCAGGGUUAUGAUAUAAGUGGUGGAUCCGUGAGCUGCCAUGGAGAUGUCGCAACAGGGUGGUGCGGAGGCUGAGAGCCUAUUGCGCCCAGACCACAAGAAUGCCGUCCUUAUGCCACACGGGCAUCGAGGGUGGGACUUGGAGGGCGAGAAGGCUCCGUUCCUCCGUAACGAGCCCGUGAAGCUGACCCCAGCGUGGGAGGGUACCAACCUGCCAAAUGACACGCUCAACUUGAAAGGUAUUGCAAUGGACUUGGCGCCCCCUAAGGAUCGAUGGAACCUAAUUUAUUUGACACUGAUAAUACACGGCCUUGGCACGCUAACAGCUUGGAACAUGUUUAUCACUGCCAAAGAUUACUUUGUCGAUUAUAAAUUGGUUGAUGCAAAGAACUACGCGGAGCACUACUUAGCUUAUGUGGGUUGGGCGAGUCAAAUACCCAACGUUGUGUUCAAUUGGAUGAAUAUAUUUGUUCAGUUUGGAGGGAACCUAACCACGCGUAUCGUUUGGUCGCUAUGCAUCGAAGUGGCAAUAUUCGUAUUCACGAUUAUCCUAGCCAUGCUCGACAGCAAAGAGUGGCCAGAGGUGUUCUUCUGGCUUACCAUGUUGUCCGUUCUCCUGCUAAAUGCUUUCAACGCAAUCUUUCAAAACUCCGUAUACGGUGUCGCCGCCCGCUUGCCGCCCAAGUACACCGGCGCCGUGGUACUGGGCUCCAACAUUUGCGGGACUCUGGUGGUAUUCCUCAGUUGGAGUUCUGGCCUGUUCGAGAGCAAGCGCACUGCCGCCAUAUACUACUUUAUAGCGGGCAUGUUCGUGCUGCUCAUCUGUUUCGACACAUAUUUCGCAUUGCCUCUAAAUAGGUUCUACCGCUACCACAAUACACUACAGCAACGCACCCUCCGAGUGAAUCCCGCGCUCGCCGCCACCAACAACGAGGCGCGGCCCGACCCCCGUCCCGGCCAGCCAUACGGCACCAUCCUGCGUCAGGCCUGGGUGCAGAUAUACAACAUAUUCAUUGUCUUCUUCGUCACGCUCGCUAUCUUCCCGUCCGUGCAUUCUGAUAUUAAGCCUGUAUCAAUGGAUUUACUUGGAGACAAUUUUACUAUGAUUACAUGUUUCUUGACAUUCAAUUUAAUGGCCAUGAUUGGGAAUAUCACAGCCAGUUUAUGGCAGUUUCCGACUCGCCGCUGGCUGGCAGUGUUCACAACCUUGCGACUUCUGUUCAUACCAUUCUUCUUAGCGUGUAAUUACAAGGCCGAUGUUCGGACCAUACCCGUGCUGGUGACAAACGACUGGGUAUACUGGAUCGGGUCAGCCCUCAUGGGGUGGAGCUCUGGCCAUGGGAGCUCCCUCGGCAUGAUGUAUGUUAGCGGUAACGUGGCCCCGGAACAUGCGGCUACGGCUGGGAUGUUGGGUGCAGCGACGCUCGUAACGGGCAUCCUCUGUGGACUGCUGUUUACGCGGUUGUGCCCCAUCAUCGUCUCCAUACCCUGGGACGCCAUAUAGCGGAAGGUUACCCAUGCUGGCACCUUCUGGAAUUUUCUCACGAGGCGACCCUGACAGUGAAGUGAUUGUGUAGUGACAGUGUGAUAUGGUGGUGUUUACUAGGUGCAAUGUAUAUUGAUAACUUUUUAAAUGACGCGUAGUUAUAAUUUUUAUUAUUAUUUUACUAUUAAUGAAAACAUUUAAUCAUAAGUAUUGUCCCAUUGUACAAUACACAUAAUAAUUUAGUUACAUCUAGUUGCGAAGGAAAAAUUAUACGGUACACCUGUAGUAGUUUGUAAAAUGAAAAUACAUUUUACAGAAAAUAUACAUCAACAAAUUCUAAUAAAAUCACCUCAAAGUGACCUUCAGAGAUAUUGAAAACCUGGAUGCUGAAUAUACGCGUCAUUUAAGUGUGUAUAUCAUGCUUGACUUUUGAUUGUUAAAAGUCAAGUUUACAUAAUUGUUUGACUGAUAUAUCAAUUUUUAAUAGUUAUCUUAUGUUUAAAUUAAUAUAGUAGAAAUUGACGAAUAUUAUUAAAUAAGGUAUGUUUGAUUGAUGUUUCGACAAUGUUAAGUAUGCAUGUCAUGACAUUGGUGUUAUACCAUAGGACAUUAUCAGUUGUUUAAAUAUUAUCUUUUUAUUUUAACACAAUGUGUAAUAAAUUUAAUUUUAACAUAUUUAUUUGGUAGUGAAAUAGAAUUAUUGUUUGGAAUAUAGGUGGAAGGGGCAAUUAACUCUUUAUACAUAUAGCUUGAAGAACCUAAAACAUACAGGGUAGAAUGGUCUUUAACCUUUUUGUAAUGCAAGCUUGAUACUACAUUCUUCAGUGUAGGGUCAUCUGUUACUAUCUAUUAUAUCGGGUUACUAAUUUUAUACUAGUAACACAAAAGAAUAAUAAUAAUUCUUUGAUUUAUCUGAUUCACUAAAGGAGAAUUAGAGUAUAAUAAAAUAUGACAAUCAUUUCAGUUGUUUAUUGUCUGUAACUGGACAUAGUUCUCCUUCAUAUAUGUCACAAAUAGUUUUGUGAAUAUUAUAUACUCGUAUUCCUAUGAUAUACUACUAAUGUAAAUAACGAUGUUAGAAUAUUUAAGUUAAAAUUACGCUUCUACUAUAUAUAUCAUAAUAUAUAAGAUAAAUAUACCGCUAGUGUUCCAGUGCUGGUUACAAUACGGACUUGCCAUGAACAGUAUAUCUAAGAUUUAAACUAUUGAUUAUAUUAUAAAUUACUCAUAUUAUUAUCUACACUGUUACAAAUUAUGUAAUUUUAAAUUUAUUUUUAACUAAUAUGCUUGUUAGUUUUAAGCAUUUGUUGGCAUUACUUUGCUGUAUUUUGUUAAGCUUAUUAAUUGAGCGAGGCACCAGGAGUCCACUAUGUGCUUAGAUAAAAAUAAAAUAAAGACAUUGUAUCUUCAUGACAUGAAUGAUCAUGAAUGACAAGACAUGAUCUUAUGUAUGUAUAAUAUUAUUUUGAGCACAGAUUUUGCAAAUUGUUUCUUGAAAAUAAAUUUGAAAUUACAAUUAUUUGUAAUGGUGUAUUAUAAAUGGCAUAUGUAAAGUUAUACACAUUGUUCAAGUUUGUAAGUGCAAAAUAUUUAUAUUGUAGCUAGUACAAAGCAGUUGUAAAAUGUAUACAAAUUGUUUAUUGUAUUUGGUAAUUAAUUUUUUGCAGAUUUGACAUAUUAAAUAUAUUGUAUCUAAGAAAUAUUCACGAAUUUGUAGCUGGAAUUUAAUUGUAAUGACGUGAUAAUUCUGUUAAGGGUUAUUGUAUAUUUUUCUGUUGCUAUUUUUCUCUGAUUUUUAUUGUAGCAACUAUUUUCUUUUUAAUUUUUUGGAGUUUUUCACCUAUAUAUUGUUAUCUUAAAUCAUAUACAGUAUGUUUGAAACUGUUUAAUUUUCAACCUAAAAUUCUACAGCCACUCGAAUCAAAUGAACAAUGUUUUAAUUAAUUCAUGUGAUAAGUAUAUUGGAGAAAUUUUUCAUAUAGUACUGUCACGGGAUUUUAUUAGUACUCCUAAUAAUAUGCUAGUAUUUUGACCAGUUUCAUAAGUAUUGUAUAUUAAAUAUUAAUCCAAAGUGCUACUAUAGUAUACUAAGUAUAAAUAGGUAACUAAUUUAAUCUCAAAUUUAAAUGUCAUUAUGUUAGCUUUGUUACGCACAGUUUUAGCGUUGGUUUCUAUGUUAGUACAACGGUUGCAUUUUGUAGCAUUAUAAGUUAUUGAAUUGUUGCCCUAAUUUCAUAGUAAUAUUCUUUUAAUACAGGUGUUUGCAAGACUCCAAUAAAAGCAUUUAUUUAUACUUUUAAUUUAUAGGUGGUUGAAAGAAUACUUGGUUUUACUAUAAUACUGGAUUACUGUUUUUGAUUAAUUCGAAUUUUAUUAUUAUCUUCCUCUCGCAUACUGGAGAACUUUUAUAUUACCAAUUGGAAAUGUAUAGGAAACACACGUUUUCGUUACUCAUCUGUGAGAUAAUAAGAAUUAUGAUAAAAUGAUAGAUUCAUUACUGGAAUGCGGUUUUUUGAUUUGGUCACAAUCCGCGCUUAGCCUCUCAUUUGGGCCGUUUUGCGUAAAUCACUUAUAAAGCUAUAAUUUUCUUCCUUGUUUAGACAAAUUAAGUUUGUAAAUCUUAAAGUUAAUAUAAUAUCUAUCAAUUGUCGGAUCAUCAACUGUUGAAUGUUGGCAGGCUUUAGAUGUAAAAUGUUUUCUAUUUUUUUUAAAUCUCACUUCUUUAACACUUUAUAAAAAGGAUUAGCGAUAAAUUAAGUUUUUUAGACUGAAAUAUUAAUCAUUUUAUUGACUUUGUUUAAUUUUGUCCAAUAUUAAUGUGUCUUAGUGUAUUGCCAAUAGAAUUCCCAUUAAAAAAGGUGCUGUGUUCUAACUUCGUCAUCUGUUAGGUAUGUGUUCAAAUCUUCAGACCAAAUAGAUCUUCUGUAGUUAUGAUCAAAAUAAUCAGUGCUUUUAUGUUGCCCUAAUAGCGAUUGUUAGUUUUUAUUUAAUGUAUAGUAAAAGUUUUUUAUUUUA